AAUAUUACCGGUACACCGGUCUCGAUCCUCGACAAUUAUUUGAAGUAGCGAUACUUGUUGCAUCUGACUAAUUUUUACAAACUGAUAGUGAAAGAAAGUGAAUCGUGAAAAUGUUCGAAGCACGUUUGGUACAAAGUGCGAUCUUGAAGAAAGUGUUAGAUGCAAUAAAAGAUCUUUUAACCGAAGCAACUUUCGAAUGUUCGGACUCGGGCAUUCAAGUCCAAGCUAUGGAUAAUGCUCAUGUCUCUUUGGUUUCUCUUAACUUGAGAAGUGAUGGUUUUGACAAAUAUAGAUGCGACAGAAAUUUGUCAAUGGGUAUGAGUGUCGCAUGUAUGUCUAAAAUCCUACGAUGUGCUGGCUCAGAAGAUACAGUGACUUUGAGAGCAUUGGAUAAUCCAGAAAAUAUUGUAUUUAUAUUUGAAUCUCCAAACAAAGAAAAAUUAGCAGAGUAUGAAAUGAAACUUAUAAAUAUGGAUCAGGAACACCUUGGUAUUCCUGACACUUCAUAUUCAUGUGUUGUAAAAAUGCCAUCCCAAGAAUUUUCACGUAUCUGUAGAGAUUUAAGUCAGUUUGGAGAAUCAAUAACAUUUGCGUGUUCUAAAGAGGGUAUAAAGUUUAGUGCUUCUGGAGAUUAUGGACAAGCCACUAUUAAGUUAGCACAAACAGCAGAUGCGGAUAAUGAAGAUGAAGCAGUAGUCGUAAAUAUGCAAGAACCAGUAAAAUUAACAUUUUCGUGUCGUUACCUUAACUGCUUUAUAAAAGCUGGCCCAUUGUGUGCACAAGUGCAGUUGUCCAUGUCUAACGAUGUGCCCUUAGUUUGUGAAUAUAAAAUUGGAGAUAUUGGGCACAUUAGAUAUUACCUUGCACCAAAAAUUGAUGAUGAUGAGGAAAAUUAAGUAUCCUGUUGAUUUACUUCAAAGUACAAGCCAUAAUGUUAUUAAUCCAGUCUAUUGUUUUUGUAUUUAUCGCAUUAGCAGGGAUUAAAUAUUUUCAAAAUUUUACUCAAUAAUAAAUACAAUAAUAGCUCCAGCCUUAUGAAAGAGUAGAUAUAUUUUGAUAUUCAUUGUUAAGGAACGAUUAAGGAUAAUUAAAAAUAUUUUGAAGGUAAUAUAUUUAAAUUUUACAUUUAAAAGUCAUUUGGCUCGUCACAGUGUUAGCGCAACGUAGAAUUGACACUAAGAUUCAUAAUAGAGUGACACGAUCAUGAUUAACAUGGUAAUAUGGUGUCAUUCUCUUAAGAUUUAUAUUGUUACCGUUUCAUAAACUGUGACAAUAUUUUGAUAAUAUUGCGUUUUUUUAUAUGUAAGAAGAACUCAAUAUAUUUCCAAAACAUUUGAUAAAUUUUUGAAUUAUGUGUUAUUUUUAUGUCCUAGCCUAAUUGAAGUUCAAUUUUUUGACUUAC